UGUGACGUUCCGUUAGCCAGCCGCAGCCACACUCCACAGCUGAUUUCACAUGUCCGUGAAUUCUGCGUUCGUUCUGUCGUGCGCUCUCUCAGUGCUACGCUAGAAAUGCCGGCUUCGUAAAUACGAUACUUGAGUUUUGAACAGUGAAUGGGUGUAUUUAUUUUUCGUGACGUUCAGUAAUUAAUUAUCAAUUUAAUCUAUUGGAAGUUGAAAAAAGGUGUCCCCUUCUCGGUCGAUGUAAUCAAUGUGAAGCGUAGAACAAUGCGCAGUGACAUGGCGUACCGGGGUCUUUCCCAGCAUGUGGAGUUGGACCGCGCGGCCGACCCACAGGACCGGUUCACGUUACAGGAGCUGAUAGGUGAAGGCACCUAUGGCGAAGUGUAUUGUGCUAAAGACAAAAAGACUGGGCGACGAGUUGCUGUUAAGAUUUUAGAAAACAUUGCUGAAAAUAUUGAAGAAAUAGAAGAAGAGUUUCUCGUAUUCAGAGAUUUAUCUAGCCAUCCCAAUAUUCCAGAAUUCUUCGGAUUAUUCUUAAAACGAGGAAUAUCGUCAGAAGAUGAUCAAAUAUGGUUUGUUAUGGAGCUUUGCACAGGCGGCUCAGUGACUGAUUUAAGUGCAGGAAUGCGAGCUCAUGGAAGUAGAUUAACAGAGCCUCAGCUUGCUUAUGUUCUUCGUGGUACAGUGCGAGCCCUGACACAUCUUCACGCGCAUCGAUGUAUGCACCGAGAUGUAAAAGGACAUAAUAUUUUAUUGACUGAACACGCUGAAGUAAAACUUGUAGAUUUUGGCGUAUCAUCGCAUUUAGCUGCAACAGUUGCUAGGAGAAAUACGUCUGUCGGCACUCCUUAUUGGAUGGCACCAGAGGUAAUUGCAUGCGAGCAACAAUUAGAUCAAUCUUAUGAUUGUAGAUGUGAUGUGUGGUCAGUGGGUAUCACAGCCAUUGAAUUAGCAGAAGGAGAACCACCGUUAUCUGGCUUGCAUCCAAUGCGAGCCCUGUUUCAAAUCCCUCGAAAUCCACCGCCAACUUUGUCUCAUCCAGAAGUUUUUUCUUCACAAUUAACAGAUUUUAUCUCGGAAUGUUUGGUCAAAGAUAUGAAUCAAAGACCGUUUGCCCGAGAACUUUUAGAACAUCCAUUACUACUAGCUGUGAAUAAUUUUGAAGAUAAGAUUCGGAAAGAACUUCACGCAGAAAUAAAAAGACAAAGAGCAGAUGGGCGAACUUCUCGUGCACCAGAAGCUACUACAAAAAGAGGGAAGUUAAAAUCUCACCGAAAAGCAAAGCCAGAAAAAAUGUAUACGGAUGAUUUAGCCACUCUCGAAACAUUAACAGAAGAUGCCAUUGUAGACCAAUUACAAAAACGAUACACUCAAAAUCAAAUAUACACCUAUAUUGGAGAUAUACUAGUUGCAGUCAACCCUUUUACAGAUAUAGGAAUAUACACGACGAAGACUCAACAACUAUACCAAGGCCGUUGUCGCUCAGACAAUCCUCCUCACAUCUAUGCAGUAGCUGACGCAGCCCAUCAAGCGUUGUUGCAUCAAAAACAAAAUCAAGCUAUCGUAAUAUCAGGUGAAAGUGGAGCCGGAAAAACUGAAUCUGCUAACCUCCUUUUGAAACAACUAGCAUAUUUAUCGAAAACACAGUACGGAAAUUUAGAAGAUAAAAUACUACAAGUAAAUCCAAUAAUGGAAGCUUUUGGAAAUGCACGUACAGGAAUAAAUGCUAAUAGCUCUCGUUUUGGAAAAUAUUUGGAUUUAUCUAUAAUGAGAGUGGGAAAAAUUUCAGGAGCUCGAAUAUCGGUUUAUCUUUUAGAACAAUCACGAGUAGUUCAUCAGGCACUGGGUGAGAGUAAUUUUCAUGUCUUCUAUUAUCUUUAUGAUGGCCUAGAAAGUGAAGGUCGUUGGAGGAAAUUUUAUCUUGAUGAGCAGCUAAAAUCUAGACAUCGGUAUUUACAGCCCCUUUCAGUAGCUCAUCGUGAACAUAAUGUGCACCGAUGGCGUCAACUGAAUCAAGCAUUUAAGGUAGUGGGAUUUCAUGAAGAUGAGGUACAGAUUAUAUACCGAAUGCUAGCGGCCAUUUUACAUCUUGGGGAUAUAGAGUUUGCCGAAACUGCCGGCGACUAUAACGCUGAUAACAGAGCUACUAUAAUUGAUACAGCGCCAUUACAUAGAGCAUCGUGUUUAUUAGGAGUUGAAACGAGUGAUCUUCGAGAAUGCCUCACAAGUAGCAGUGUUGUAACUAAGGGUGAAACAAUCGCACGCUACAGUUCACCCACAGAAGCUGCUGUAGCAAGAGAUGCUACUGCAAGGGGGAUAUACGCUAGAGCUUUUGAUAGAAUUGUGGAGAGAAUUAAUGCGCUGUUGAGCCAAAAUAGACCCCAGAGUGACCAGUUAUCCAUUGGGAUUCUUGAUAUCUUCGGCUUCGAAAACUUCACGAGAAACUCAUUUGAGCAACUUUGCAUAAACAUCGCAAAUGAGCAAAUUCAAUACUACUUUAAUCAACAUAUUUUCACAUGGGAGCAACAAGAAUAUAUGGCUGAAGGCGUACCAGUUGAUCUUGUAGAAUUUUCAGACAACAGACCGGUUUUAGACAUGCUUCUAUCUAGGCCUAUGGGUUUAUUGGCCCUGCUUGAUGAGGAAAGUCGGUUCCCACGUUCUUCAGAUAGAAGUCUCAUUGAAAAAUUUCACCGAAAUAUUAAGAGCAAAUAUUAUGUGCGUCCUAAGUCAGAUGCAGUAUGUUUCGCCAUUCAUCAUUUUGCUGGUCGGGUGGUUUACCAAGCCGAUGGUUUCUUAGAAAAGAAUCGCAACUUCUUACCUCCAGAAGUGAUCCAGCUCAUGAGACAGAGUCAAUACGAUACAAUUAGAUUUUUAUUCCAAUGUCCUAUUACGAAGACCGGCAAUUUAUUCUCAGCUUUACAUGGAGACAUUGAUUCUAGAACAUUAGAGAGUCCAGUGUCUAACGAUGUUCGGGAUCGAUUUAACAGUCGCGGUCUUGCAUCUCAGUCACGAGCUCAGCAAACUGUAUCCACAUAUUUCCGUUAUUCUCUAAUGGAAUUGCUUCAAAAGAUGGUCAGUGGAACGCCACAAUUUGUUAGAUGUCUAAAACCAAAUGACUCUCGAUCACCGAAACAUUUUGAUUCAACGAAAAUACUGAAACAGUUAAGAUAUACCGGAGUAUUAGAAACAAUACGGAUAAGGCAAAAUGGAUUUUCUCAUCGCCUUGCGUAUGAUGAAUUUUUAAAAAGAUACGGUUUCUUAGCAUUCAGUUACGAGGAAGAAAUGAAGCCUAAUCGUGACUCCUGUCGACUUCUGCUACUGCGACUGAAAAUGGACGGAUGGGCACUUGGCAAAUCUAAAGUAUUUUUGAAGUAUUACCACGUGGAAGUACUUGCAAGAAUAUACGAAGAACAGAUAAGAAAAAUUAUAUUAGUACAAGCGUGUGCCCGGGCCUGGCUGGCACGGAAAAAUUUCCUUAGAUUAAAGGCACAGAUGGCAAUAUCGGUCCUAACGUUACAACGACAUGUGCGAGGCUGGCUGACGAGGAAAAGACUUCAGGAACGACAAAAGCAAUUGGCAAGAGAAUUCAAGAAGAGUCAGAUUGAACAAGAAAACCAAAGGAAGCAACAAAGAGCAGGCGUUCCAAAUAAAAACAAUGUUAUAAUGGCUAAAGUACUCAGACGAAUGAAUACGGACGACAAUGAGAGUGUAUGUACAAAUUCGAGCAACAAAGAGAACGAGAAUUCUGAAAAAGCAGCUCCAGUAAACCAGAGUCCACGACGUAAACUGAAGAACCGUGCAGCACCUCCACCCCCGCAACACUCCCCUCCCGCGCCGCCAUCUCAACAACAGCUCAUGCAGCAACACUCCGUGCAAGAACGAGCAGCUCAGCUGCAGACGUUUGCUGACCAGGUCCACAUGAAAAACCAAGAUGUACACAAGAAUUUACGCCGAAACAAACCAGGCAUUCGGGUUAAAGAUAUCAAGAAACCACCAGAGGAAUACCAGCCUCCGCCAGGAUUUAGUUUGGUUCCUGCCAUUAUAAGAGGGCAACCAUCGAAAGUAGAAGAAGAUGCCAGCAGACUUUCAAGCCCAUCACCAGAGUUUUACGAAUGUGAUACACUGCCUUGGGAUCAAAUUUUUCAAAUGAAGGAUAUUUCUAUACAAAGACAUCAACAAAAUCAACACGAUAAGGGAUACAACGACGAGAAACCGCUCCAAUCUAACCAAAAUUGGCAAAACCUACCUUGCAGUAGGCAGUGUGGUGGCCUAGUCAGUGGACAACAAAAACAAGGUAAUAAAAUAAUACAACUAGUGCAGCAAACACAAAAAAAUGAACUUCCGCCACGACCAGUCUACAGUCCAGCAUACGACCCCGAGUCAGACCUUCGCAAAAUUCUGCGGAACUCGCCAGAAAUGCUCGCCACUCCGGUCUUUAGUUCCGACGACGAUUACACCGAUGGGCCUUUCCGGUUCAAACAGCUUUUGAGGCCGACGUUAGGACCCACAGAAAGUCUUCGCAAGAGAAAAGUACGCAAUUCUUCACACCAAAGUCCCUGGAUGUCAGACAGCUCGCAAGACAGCAACAGUUCCAAAGCUCUUUAUAACAAACGUCGGCCACAAAUCAGUAUGGGUGUUUACUAUAAUUAGUUUUGAGUAAUGAAUACUAGUUUAAGGUUUUGAAGGUUUUCUUGUCCUUAAAAAGAAUUUAUACUUUGAUGCAUGUUACGGAAAUCCCGAGAACUACUAGGUAUCUAUGAGGCACCUAGUUCCACUUUGUCACCAAGCACGCCCUGCCCAUUGCAUAUCUCAAUGGACAAGUAAUUAACUUACACGGAACUAUUACGAAGUGUUUAUUUUUUAGGCGGUUCAAAUAACUACGUUACAGUGUCCAUGGUAUCACUAACGUUGCCUAUUCAGAUUCGUUGCCCUCAGAUUCAAUACAAGAUUUCAUCUUGGUUUGUCACUAUUUACCCAGUGAACGACAAAGCAUAGAAGUAUCCCGUACGUUCCAUUAUAGGUAACGAAAUCUCUACCGUUGAAGGUGGUGCAUAUUAUACCUACCUUCUCUACCGCACACCUCUUCAAUUCGAUUGUACUUCCGUAACUGUCAUUUUGAUACCUUUGUUACAAAAUGACACACAGUACGAACUAAACAUGACCCAAUUUACACGAAUUUAAUUAGUUUACGUUAAACAGACGCGGACGUGAGAUUAAGGUCCCUAUUUUCAAAAGAUAAUAUUAAAUUAUUGUCAGAAACGUGUUUCUUAUGCUUAGUCGUUCACUUAAGUUACCCAAUAAACAACAAAAAGGUUUGAUGCUGUAAUUCGUUGGAUACUUUACGUAUAGUACAAUAAUUGACUACAUGUCCAUUGAGAUUCGUCAUUGGCCAGUUGAUCUCUACUAGUUGCACUUUAAUACGAGUAUUGAAUUAUUAUUAUUAAUGAUAAUAAUUUCAUACAAAGCGUCGUUAACCUAGUCCAGUCUUAGUUUGGAUGGAUUUAUCAAAUUUUCAUAUAAUCAUAUGUUAAAUAAAAUAUCACUUACUCAUAUUAUUAAUGCGAAAGUGUGUUGUUUAUUGGUUUGUUCUUCAAUCACGCCGUAAAGGAGCAACAGAUCCGUGUGAUUUUUUUCAUCGAUCUUAUUUUCAUCGGGAUACCUCAGAUAGUUUAAGAUUUAGAAAGUGAUAAUAGGCUACUUUUUAUCCCAGAAAAUCAAACAGUUCCCAGAGGAUUUUUAAUAUUUAAAUCAACGCUGACGAAGUCGUGGGCAUAAGCUGGUUUUCAUUCAAAAACAACUUAAUUGAUUUCCACCUAACAUUGUUAAUAUAUGGAUCUUAUGCUUUCAUUUACAUAUAAUGUAUAUAAGCGAUAACCAAAGUCAUAAUUUGAUAGUUUAUAAUCAUUAUUUUAUUAAUAUAAGUAUUUGCGUGUCGUAUUUGUUUUAAAAACUACAAAUAAGCGAAUGAUUUUUUGUAAUAUGAUUUACCUUGUCUGCUAAAAUUAAAUAAGUACUUAGGUAUCUAUUAUGAUUUGUAUCGACACCGUCCCAAAAUAUAAUUGUUGUUAAUUGCAUUUUUAUAUUAAAAAGUAAUUCACAUUUUUCAUUACAUAAUAAUUAUUAUUGUUAUCGUAUUUACUAACUUGCAUUCAAAAAGGAAACAUAAAUCAUUGACAAUUUGUGUGAUAAUGUGCCAAUGAUUAUUAUUAAGUUUAAUCAUGUAAGUACGUUUUCGUUAAAAUUUAAAGAAAUAUAUAUGAAUAAAUUUUAAACAAGUUUAUGAU